AUGGCAGCUCUAUGUCUUUCUGAUAGAAAUACACCUGUUUUUGCUUGUUUCCUCGAUUUGUCGAAGGCAUUUGACCUGGUCUGUUAUGAUCUGCUCUGGCAGAAACUACAGGAAACGUCAGUGCCGGAAGAACUGAUUGGUAUUUUUCAAUUUUGGUACAACAAUCAGGUCAACGUUGUUCGAUGGUCGGGGACUCAUUCGACACCAUACAGGUUGGAGUGCGGCGUGAGGCAGGGGGGGCUGACCUCGCCGAAACUCUUCAACCUGUAUGUUAAUGCGCUGAUAGAGAGGCUCAGCAGCACGCAUGUCGGUUGCCAUGUUGGAGGUGUGUGCCUAAAUAAUAUUAGUUACGCAGACGACAUGGUGUUGUUGAGCGCCUCCGUCUGUGGGCUGUCAAAGCUGAUAGGCAUUUGCGAAAAAUAUGCUGAAGAGCAUGGUUUGUUGUACAACACGAAAAAGAGCGAGUGCAUGGUCUUUCGGGUCAAGAGGUGGUGUCCAGAUCACUUACCAGCAGUUAAGCUCAACGGCUUCCCACUUCAGAGAGUUGAUACAAUUAAAUAUCUUGGACAUUUAUUAACCUCUGACCUGAAGGACGAUGCAGAUAUUGAAAGGGAGCGCAGGGCGCUGUCUGUUCGCGCGAAUAUGAUUGCCCGCAGAUUUGCUCGGUGUUCGAGGAGCGUCAAAAUAGCUUUAUUUAGAGCUUUUUGUACGAGCUUCUAUACUGGCAGUCUGUGGGUGGAUUAUGCGCAGAAGCAGUACAGCGCUCUGCGUGUCCAAUAUAAUAACGCGUUCAGGGUGCUUUUGGGGCUGCCUCGCUUCUGUAGCGCAUCGGGGAUGUUUGCGGAGGCACGCGUGGAUUGCUUCCAUGCAAUCAUGCGCAAAAGGUGCACAUCCCUGGUGCGCAGGGUGCGGGCCAGCCGCAAUAGCAUCCUGGCCGCUUUUGCCGAACGGGUCGACUGUCAGUACCUGAACCACUGUUGCAUGGUUCACGUACUGACUAAUUGUAAGAUAUUAUUUUAAAAUCAAAUCGACAAUUGUAUGUAAAAUUUCUUAUUUUAUUGUAAUGUGUGUGUAAUAAUUAUAAUUAUGAUCCA